GACGGACCAACAGCCACGGUACAGGCCAGCUCCAGCCUAUUCCGCUACCGCGCCACCUGUGACUACAGCGUUCAAGUGAUGCGUCUCUUCCUCGGAUCGCUACUGGUGGUGGCUGCGCUGGCGAUACCGCCGCCGCCGCCCCAGCACUCGGCGACGGGAAGCCAGGCGCAGACCGACGCCAGCCAGCUGACGGACGCCGAGCUGCUGGCGGCGCUCUCAGGCGACACAGCCGACGUGCCGCCGGCGCCGCUCGCGCCCGCCCAGCAACAGGCGGGCGAGGCCGACCACCUCACUGACGCUGAGCUGCUGGCCGCGCUGGGGCUGGGCGCCAACCAGGGCACGCUGGAGCGCUGUCAGUCCUCGCAGUACGUCUGCGUGCCGUACUACCUGUGCCGCGAGGAGGAGAUCGUCACCGACGGCGCGGGCCUCAUCGACAUCCGCUUCGGCAACAACCAGCUGGAUAACGAUACGGCGCCGCUGACGCACUCAGAGUGCGCUAAUUUCAUCGACGUAUGCUGCCGCGAUCCCAUGGCCAAGCCGGAGAUCAAGGAGCCGGAGUAUGUGCCCCGCUGCGGCCGACGCAACGAUUUCGGCGUCAACGCGCGCAUUGUUGGCUUCGCCGAGGGUGAGUCACAGUUCGGCGAGUUCCCCUGGAUGGCGGCCGUUCUGCGCGUGGAGGCGGUGGCCGACGAGGAGAAGAAUCUGUUCGUGUGCGGCGGCACGCUGGUGCACCCGCAGGUGGUCAUGACAGCCGCUCACUGCGUCAACAACCUGGACCCGGCCUCUCUGCGCGUCCGGCUCGGUGAGUGGGACACGCAGCACACGACCGAGUUCUUCCCGCACGUGGAUGUGGCCGUGGCGGAGGUGGCGGUGCGCGACGACUUCAACGGCCGCAACCUGCACAACGACGUCGCGCUGCUGUUUCUGGCGGAGCCGGUGCAGCUGCAGGAGCACAUCGACACGCUCUGCCUGCCCGACCCGGCCGUCGAUUACACUGGCGCAGAGUGCGUCGCCACCGGCUGGGGCAAGGACCGCUUCGACAGCGGCCAGUUCCAGACGGUGCUGAAGCAGGUGGAUCUGCAGCGCGUCGGCCAUGACUACUGCCAGAGCCAGCUGCGCACGACGCGGCUCGGCUUCCGCUUCGUGCUGGACGACUCCUUCACGUGUGCCGGUGCGCCGCCGUCGCUGACGACCCAGCCGGGUCCGGAGGAGGCCAAGGCGGCCGACACGUGCACCGGCGACGGCGGCUCGCCGCUCGCCUGCCGCGACCCCCUCGACCCGGAGCGCUACGUACACGGCGGCAUCGUGGCCUGGGGCAUCGGCUGUGGCGAGAAGGGCAUCCCGGGCGUGUACGCCGACCCGCAGCAGUUCGUCUACUGGGUAGACCAGCUCAUCAGCGAGUACUUCCAGCUGCCGCAGUCUUAUUUCGGCCUGAAGCAGCCGAUCCCGCAGUCUGCACAGGUUUAGACUCGUACUCUGUGAUAUGGAGCUUGACAGUGUGAGUACAUGGCAUGAGUACAAACAGUGAAUGUAGGCACAACGGCCGUAACGAGUUCCUAACGGCAGCUGAAUGGGAGAUGCUUCCUUUUGGGCCUGUAAGUCGUUAAGUACAUUCCUGUGGCAUGUGCGGGCUCCUAUUAUAUACUGUCGUUGCAACAUGCGAGUGUGCGACGCAUUGAUCUUAAUAUAUGUGUAAAACCACAAUCAA